GUUUGCGUAUGUAUGUGUGGGUACGUGUUGUAAACAAACAAUGUACACUGACAUUUGCUUCAUUAACCAUGUCGUUAUCCAACCGGCUGCUGUGCCGAUAUUUUUCCUCCUCCAAGAAUGCAACCAAGAAUACAAGGACGAAAUGGAAGAGCGUCAUUGGGUUGGAGGUGCAUGCACAGCUGAACACAAAAUCCAAACUGUUUUCCGGUGCCCGGGCCACAUUUGGAGCUGCCCCAAACUCUUGUGUUGCGCUGUUCGAUGCUUCCAUUCCCGGCACACUACCGGUGCUGAACAAAAAUGCCGUAGAGCUUGGCGUGAGGACAGCACUGGCACUAGGAUGCAACGUAAGCGCGGUAUCGAUGUUUGACCGUAAACACUACUUUUACGCGGAUCUGCCAAGUGGAUACCAAAUCACCCAGCAAAGAGCUCCUUUGGCGCGAGGCGGUGCCUUAUCAUUUCCGGUGUUCGUUCCGGGUGUCACGAAGACUCCAUACUACAAAACGGCUAGGCUGCAUCAGCUGCAGCUGGAGCAGGACAGUGGCAAAUCGCUGCACGAUCCUGUCGAGCGGAAAAGUUUGGUUGAUUUGAAUCGUGCUGGAAUACCGCUGAUGGAGCUGGUGUUUGAACCGGAUCUAGAAACUGGCGAAGAAGCGGCCGCUCUGGUGAAGGAGUUGAUGCUGAUCAUGACACGGUUGCAAAGUUGCACGUGCCGCAUGGAAGACGGUGCCCUGCGUGUGGAUGCAAAUAUUUCCGUGCACCUAGAAAACACACCUCUCGGCACACGAACGGAAGUGAAAAAUAUCGGCUCCGUGCGUGCCGUUGCCCAGGCAGUGGAUUACGAAAUACAGCGCCAAAUUGCUGUGCUAGAUAAUGGUGGAACAAUUCACAAUGAAACCCGUGCCUGGGAUUCGGCCGCGAAGAGCACGAUAGCGAUGCGAGACAAGGAGGUGGUGCAGGACUAUCGCUUCAUGCCGGAACCGAAUCUUCCUCCGUUGCAUUUGAAGCUGCACGAAGCGGAAAGUGGUGCCGACGGGGAACCGGAAGCCGAUGUGAUAGACGUUCCGAGGCUGGGGCAAACUAUUCCCGAACUGCCAGAGCAAACACGCCAAAGAAUCAUCGAAAUGCAUCAGCUAACUUCCACGAUUGCAAUAACUCUUGUUAAUGACAUCACGCUGUACGAACACUUCCGUUCCAUUACCGAAGGAUCAAAUGAGAAGGCUGCUGAUCGUUCGCCGAAGUUGGUAGCCAAUUUCCUGAUCAACGAGCUGCUUACGAUUUUGAACCGUAACAAGCUGGAUUCGGCCGACUGUCUUCUAACGCCGGACCAGCUCGGAACCAUCGUGGAUAUGCUGCAGGGCAACGAACUAAACAUACAAUACGCCCGUCGAGUGCUGCAACAGUUACUGGGGGUGUCGUCGCCCGACGAGCAAAGGAAGCUGUGUCCGCGGGAAAUUGUUGCCAGCAAUGGUUGGUUCCUGAUUACGGACGAGGCGCAGAUUAGACGGCACUGUGAGGAUGCAAUCCAGCGUAAUCCAAAGCUGGUUGAAAAGUAUCGCAAAGGCAAGGAGAAAAUGUUGUACGCGUUGGCCGGGGAGAUCGCAAAGGCAAGCGAGGAAAAGAUUGAUAUGGCGAGGGCAGUGGAACUGUUGAAGCAAAUGUUGAAAUAAGCGACGGAUACGGUUAGCGGUUUGCUGUAACACAGUAUGGAAUAUGUUACGUUUUGUUGUUCUAACUAGUA